CGCUGCCCGCGGGAGCCUCCGCUGCACUUCGGGGAGCGGCACGGGAAAGCUCCUUCCUCCUCCUGCAGCCGCCGCCCGGACCGCUUCUUUCUUUUGCUUUGAUUAUUUUGAACUUCCUUUCCCCGAGCUGUGCCCGCCCGUCUGCCACCCUGGCGCAUCUCUUACCGGCCCCGGCCAUGUACAGCAUGCUGGAGACCGAGAUCAAGACGCCGCAGCCCACGCCGGGCAGCACCGGGGGGAACCCGGCACCGGGCGGCAACGGCAAAGGCGGCGGCGGGGCCGGCAGCGGAGCGGGGGGAGGGUCGGACCAGGACCGUGUGAAGCGCCCCAUGAACGCCUUCAUGGUGUGGUCGCGGGGCCAGAGGCGGAAGAUGGCCCAGGAGAAUCCCAAGAUGCACAACUCGGAGAUCAGCAAACGCCUUGGGGCCGAUUGGAAGCUGCUGAGCGAUGCCGAGAAGCGGCCCUUCAUCGACGAGGCCAAGAGGCUGCGGGCCGUGCACAUGAAGGAGUACCCGGAUUACAAAUACCGGCCCCGGAGGAAGACCAAGACCUUGCUGAAGAAGGACAAAUACUCUCUGCCGGGCAACCUGCUGGCCCCCGGAGGGGGCAACGCAGUGAGCAGCCCCGUCGGGGUGGGCCAGAGGAUUGACACUUACGCCCAUAUGAACGGUUGGACCAACGGGGCUUACUCCCUGAUGCAAGACCAGCUGGGCUACGGGCAGCACCCGGGCAUGAACAGCCCGCAGCUGCAGCAGAUGCACCGCUACGACAUGCCGGGCCUGCAGUACAGCCCUAUGAUGUCCACGGCGCAGACCUACAUGAACGCCGCCUCCACCUACAGCAUGUCCCCCGCCGCCUACGGCCAGCAGCCCUCCACGGCCAUGAGCCUGGGCUCCAUGGGCUCGGUGGUGAAGUCCGAGCCCAGCUCGCCUCCGCCGGCCAUCACCUCGCACUCGCAGAGGGCCUGCCUGGGAGACCUGCGGGAUAUGAUCAGCAUGUACCUGCCCCCGGGGGGCGACGCCACAGACCCUUCGGCCCUGCAGGGCAGCAGGUUGCACAGUGUGCACCAGCACUACCAGAGUGCCGGGACUGCCGUGAACGGCACCGUACCACUAACUCACAUAUAAACAAACUGGCCUCCUCCGGACGGCUCCUCAUCGCAACCCCAGCACCGGGACGUGCGGCUCAGCAGACUCGAUACUAACUUGGGAGAAAUUUUAAACAGAAAAUCCGUU